CAGUUUUCACUGACUGGUUUGAAUAGCUCAUAUCUUGCUACUCAUUGAUGCCAUGCGUGCUCGCUGUCCUGAGAGAUGACAAAACACUACACCCUUCGGGAUUUUCUCCCUCUGUUCUAAAGCAGCAUUUCACAUCUGUGUCUGACAGAAGCAUAAGGAGCUGAGAGAGGCAGACCUUCAUCAUCCUUCACAGCACAACACUGCAUGGGUUAAAAGUUAAGACGAAGUCUACUGAUCCUACGUUUUGCCUACAAAAAUAUAAAAUGUGGAGGCUAUCGAAGCAUGCAUUCCAACUUUUCAGUGUUGGAAUCAUCGACAGGAAACAGAUGGAAUUUACUGGAUGCUAAAUCUUUAAAUGAAUUUUUAAUGGGUACUGAACACUCGAGUUAACUGAAGUCAGUGCAUUUGCCUCUUUUUUUCCUUUUGUUUGAGGGGGGGGGGGGACAAAAAGAAGAUUUAAAAGAUGCAAAGUUCACAGGUUAUUUUCUGUUGCCUGAUUAAGGCAGAAUAAACAAAAAAUGCUGAGCAUGGAAGACAUCAAAUAUUGGAGAUACCUGGAAAUAAAUCGGAAACGACCAACACCACAAGAUGAAGCAGCAGUGAACAAGACGCUGUGGAAAAAGAAAUCACAAAACGAGAGUGCAUAAUGCAUUUCAAAUUGAAGAAAGCUUCCUAUCUGCUGAGUGAGCCUCAGUAUAUUCUGACAGAGCAUAGAUAAAGCUUCAGUCAACUGUAUCUCCUAGUUGCCUCCAAACUAUAUUUUCAAAUACAGAAAGCAGUGUGCAAGGAUGCUAAGAUUCUGAUGACAACUGAUCAAGAAAAAGAAUGGAAGUAAACCUAUUCAGCAAUUCUACUGUUAUAAACAGUUCGUCCAUCAACCACAAACAGUUAGAAGGGCAUAGCCUCUGGGAAGUUAUUACUAUUGCCACUGUCACUGCAAUUGUAAGCCUGAUAACCAUAGUGGGAAAUGUUCUUGUAAUGAUAUCCUUCAAGGUUAACAGUCAGCUCAAAACUGUUAACAAUUAUUACUUGCUCAGUCUUGCCUGUGCAGACCUCAUCAUUGGAAUAUUUUCUAUGAACCUCUAUACCUCAUAUAUACUCAUAGGCCAUUGGUCUCUUGGAAGCCUGGCGUGUGACCUGUGGCUAGCGCUGGAUUACGUAGCUAGCAAUGCCUCAGUCAUGAACCUCCUAGUCAUCAGCUUUGACAGAUAUUUUUCCAUCACAAGGCCUUUGACAUACAGGGCUAAACGCACGCCCAAAAGAGCUGGCAUCAUGAUCGGCCUGGCUUGGCUAAUCUCCUUCAUUCUAUGGGCACCUGUAAUAUUAUGCUGGCAGUAUUUUGUGGGUGAACGAACAGUACCCCCUGAGGAAUGCCAGAUACAGUUUUUAUAUGAGCCCAUUAUCACCUUUGGUACUGCGAUUGCUGCUUUUUACAUUCCAGUGUCAGUGAUGACCAUUUUAUAUUGCCGCAUCUAUAAAGAGACUGAGAAACGUACCAAGGACCUCGCUGAACUUCAGGGUUCUGAGUCUGUGGCCGAAUUUGAGACGAUAAAGCCUCGGAAAACUUUCCUGAAGUCCUGUUUCAGUUGCAAGCAACAAAACUUAGCCAAAAGGGAGAGAUGUCAGGCUUCCUGGUCUUCAUCAAGUCGAAGUACAUCAGCUACAGUAAAGGCAUCCCAGGCAGCGAGCACGUGUGCUGAGUGGGCUAAGGCUGACCAACUGACCACCUGCAGCAGCUAUGCAUCAUCAGAAGAAGAGGACAAACUUGCCACUGAUCCUGUUUUCCAAGUAGCUUACACGAGUCCAUCUAAAGGCAAGGAAGAAGAGUUUAAUGAAAGGGAAAGUAAGGAUAUUGUUGUCAAAGACCAGCCUGAGGAAAAUGAUUUUGAGACCCAGCAAUACUUUUUAUCACCUGCCAUUGGUCAAAAAAGUAAAAAAUGCGUGGCCUACAAAUUCCGCUUGGUAGUUAAGGCUGAUGGCACUCAGGAAACCAACAAUGGUUGCCGUAAGGUAAAAAUAACUCCUUGUUCUGCUGCUCUGUCGAAGGAUCCUUCCAUCAAAAGCAUGGAUCCAAAUAUAAAUAACCAAAUCACCAAAAGGAAAAGGAUGGUUCUUAUAAAAGAACGUAAAGCAGCACAGACUUUAAGUGCCAUUCUUUUGGCUUUUAUCAUCACAUGGACUCCCUACAAUAUAAUGGUUUUGAUCUCCACAUUCUGCUCUGACUGCAUCCCUCUGACAUUGUGGCACCUUGGAUAUUGGCUAUGCUAUGUGAACAGCACUGUUAAUCCCAUGUGUUACGCUCUCUGUAACAAAACUUUCAGGAAAACUUUUAAGAUGCUGCUUUUCUGCCAGUGGAAAAAGAAAAAAGUGGAAGAGAAACUGUACUGGCAGGGCAAUACUCGAAUGCCAUAACUACUCCUAAAUAAGAGAUAAAUGGAAAAAUAGAUAUUAACAUAGCCUAGUAAAGGACGUUUAAUUCCGUAUUUUCAAACCUGUUGUUUUAUAUGUCUAUGUGUUAAAAAAAAAAAAAAAAAAAGUCAGCAAAAAGUGAUAUUUUGCAUGAAAAUAGUGUGUGUGGGAUAAAGAAGUCAGUGGUUGCUGACAGGGUCUUCAUGAUUAUGCAGUAGAUCUGCAUUACAAUUAUUGUGUUUGGGCUCUUCUGUCCUUUCAGCCUGAGAAAUUGUAGUGUGUCUUAUAAACUAGGAAUUAGCGUGUGAGUACCAUUCAGUCAUCAGGGCAGGUUAUCCAGUCUAUCUCCUUUUAGUGCAGAACUGUUUCUUCCUAUAGUUCCUUUCCUACUUUCUGCUGUAUUGUCUACUUGUUUUUCAAUGGAGCAAGCAAUGGAACACGUGCUUCUUCUGUUUAAAGACUUUUCCACAUGCUAUUGGUAUGAAACAAGGCCUAUUUAAAGAGGGAAACACCAUUAUCCCCAGUGCUAAACAGUUAGGGAGAUUCUUAGUACCCCAAAAGAAUACACUUAUUACAGGAGAAUGUAAUAUUGAGAAAAUUUGCACUUUAAGAACAUCUUUUCAGGGGGACAGAGGAAGGGCUUAUAGAGGAGAAAACAGAUAACAUAUUUCAUAUAAGGAGAAUUCAGCCCCCAUCUCAGUUCCAUCCUGCAAGUCAGUGUCAUCUAGAAGUGGCAACAGCAGCUAUCUAUGAAUUUGUAUUUCUUCAUUUCCUCAUGCCUCAGAAGGAUAUGUUUUAAAUGGAUGCAGUAGCAACAAUAGUACGGAUCAGAACUGAUGAUAACAAUGGACAUAAUUUGUCUAUUUACAGUGCGAGACAUAAGGCAAAUCCUUUGCAGUCUCUCUAUUGCACAAAUAUGUACAUCGAUGCCCUGCAAAUUUACUUAUCUAGCACAAAAUUGUUGUAAGCCAUGAUACCUACUUGUGAGUAACAGAGAAAGAACUCCAUGUACCUCACUGAGUCCACCUCAAAAAAUAUUCAGAUUCAGUUCUAGCCUCUUGAUCAAAAUUCAGGGUGAGAUGCUCUGAAGUACAAAUCUGGGCCAGUGUUUGUUUUUCUAGCUAUUGUACAUGUUAGGAGGACACUGUAGCAGUGAUGAGACUCAGCAGCACGUUUCAGGAAUUGUGUUAGUCAUCCUGAACAUACCACUGCUCUCAGCAAAAUCAUUCAUAUAAUUUAUUACAAUAUCAUCAACAUAUUUCCCUGCAGAUAUAUAAUUCCUUCAUGUCAGCAAUCACAGUACAAGUAAUUAAUAUUUUCUAUCCCCAGUCUCCAGAGGGGAAAACUGUCAGUGAAAGAUUAGCAGUGUAGUCAUGUAAAAAUAUGUUCUCUGAGUUCACUUGAUUGAUUUUUUACCACACCACACUGUGCCUAAAUGCUUUUUGUGCAUCAGCAUAUGACUGCUUCUUAAAAGAAUGCAUUGGUCUUUUCAAAGACCCUUUCCAUCAAUUUUCCUCCGUCACCACCCAAAGCUUUUUGUGUGUGCAGUAACUACAUACGUGCCAAUUGUUAUAGUGGGUAACUUUAUACUACAGUGGUUUGGACAUUCAGUAAACUGUGUUUGAUUUUUAGCAAAUGAAUGCGUCCCUCUGUGGCACAAGCUGUAGUUAAAGGCAAAAUUCAUGAGAUAGUAACAAUUCCUGCUAGCUGUGAUGUUUCUAAAAGCAUUGGCUUCUACUUCUGAAAUUAAACUGAAUAUAUUUUGUUGGUUUUGGCUUCUGUUGAACUAGAGUGUUCUGUAAAUGUUUAUGAAUUCUGUGCUUAGUAAAUGUAUUAGAAUAGAUGGUGAUGGAUGCUACAAUGUUGGUUUGGUGUAAUUGUGAAACCUGUGCUCAAACUAUGCUGCCAACACUUAACAGUGUGAAAUGCUACACUGCCAAACCUGGGUACAUUGUAAAUACCUAGAAUUAUAUAAAGAGGUGUUUGUCA